AUGGGGUUGACACGAAGGAGCUCAACCUCAACUGGCUACGUAGUCAGAUUGGACUCGUCGGACAGGAACCCACGCUCUUCAUAGGCUCCAUCGCGGGGAACAUCGCGUACGGACUCACGGAUACACCCACUCAGCUGGAGAUCGAAGACGCGGCCAAGAUGGCCAAUGCGCAUGGAUUUAUCACCAAAUUCCCGGAUGGCUACAGCACUCAAGUGGGCAUGAAGGGAGAACAGCUCUCUGGGGGUCAGAAGCAACGUAUCGCCAUUGCACGAGCCAUCUUGAAGAACCCCAACAUCUUACUGCUGGACGAAGCCACGAGUGCGCUGGACUCGGAGAGUGAGAAGGUGGUGCAGGAGGCGCUGGACAAGGUGGUGGCACUGAAGCGACGUACGACGAUCAUCAUCGCUCACCGGUUGUCGACGAACCGCAAGGCAGACAAGAUCUGUGUGGUGAGCGGUGGGAAGAUCGAGGAGCAGGGCACUCACCACGAGUUGGUCAAGUUGAAGGGCAUUUACGCCAAACUGGUGCACCAGUCUACACAUUAGAUGGAUACACAGACAGCACAAUCUACUUAGAAAUCAAUACGUAAGUAAUAAUGAAAACAUGAGCU